AUGUAUUCAACUAAUGCAGGAAAAUUUGCUGCCGAAAAGCCCGUCGGCGACGACACAAACGAGAUCGGCUAUCGGCAGUCGCGAGAAAAUGAUCAAAUCGAUCUCAAGUAUGGAUUUGAACGCGUUAAGGAUACACGAGAACGCACCGGAUAUCUAAUCAAUAUGCAUUCUACGGAAAUAUUGAACGAUGAUCGACGGCUUAUGGCAGCACUAGAUAUGUACUUUCUGCAAAUGGAUGGAACACGCUACAAAAUAACCUUGAUUUAUGCACCGUACCUGCUGCUAAUCACUCGCGAAGGCCACUCGUUGGAGUUGGCGAAAUUUUUAAGUAAAAAGUACUCCGGCCAGCUGCUCAACGUCGAGCACCUGCAAAAAGAGGAUCUCGAUCUUCCCAACCAUCUGAGCGGGCUGAAACAAAAUUUGUUAAAGCUUUCCUUCCCCAACACGACCCAGAUGAACCGGGUGAAGCGUGAUCUGAACGUUGCGGUCAAGAAAAAUCGUGAGCGCGAAAAGGCUAACACUUUUUACAUGCAAAUGUUAAGUUCGUCGCUCUCGACCGCCAUCCGCUGGGAGGAGGAUGAGGAGAGCGAGGGAAGGGCACCGAAUCAGAAUGUGGAUUUCUAUGAUUACAUCGUGGACAUGCGCGAACACGACGUACCGUACCAUGUGCGUGUUUCGAUCGAUUUGAACAUCUUCUGUGGCAGUUGGUACACGGUUCGGUGCCGCGGUGGGAUGGGAAGUGACGAGCUGCCAGUCAUCACUCCGCGGCCCGAUAUUCUCGAUCGUCCCGAACCGGUUGUUCUGGCGUUCGAUAUCGAAACGACGAAGCUACCACUCAAGUUCCCCGAUGCUCAGUCCGAUCAGAUCAUGAUGAUCUCGUACAUGAUCGACGGACAGGGCUACCUGAUCACCAACCGGGAGAUCAUAGGCGGCGAUGUGGACGACUUCGAGUACACUCCGAAGCCCGAGUUCGAGGGUAACUUUAUCGUGUUUAACGAACCGAACGAGCUGGGUCUCUUGCAAAAGUUUUUCGACCACAUCCUCGACGUGAAGCCGCACAUCUUUGUCACCUACAACGGAGACUUUUUCGACUGGCCAUUCGUGGAGACGAGGGCCGCCGUGUACGAGUUGGAUAUGCGCCGCGAGAUCGGAUUCGCGAAGGCAAACGCCCGCGACGGUAACUACCUCUGUCGGCCGGCAAUGCACCUCGAUUGUUUGUGUUGGGUAAAGCGUGACUCGUACCUGCCGGUCGGGUCGCAGGGAUUGAAAGCGGUCGCCAAGAGCAAACUGCGCUACGAUCCGGUCGAGCUGGAUCCGGAGGAAAUGUGUCGGAUGGCGGUCGAACAACCACAAGUGCUGGCAAACUAUUCCGUGUCGGAUGCAGUGGCCACGUACUAUCUGUACAUGAAGUAUGUGCACCCGUUCAUCUUUGCCCUGGCCACCAUCAUUCCGCUGGAGCCAGAUGAGAUUCUACGCAAGGGUUCGGGCACACUUUGCGAGUGUCUCUUGAUGAAAGAGGCGUUCAACGUGAAUAUCGUGUUCCCGAACAAGCAGAUCGGUGAGUUGAACAAGCUCAGCAACGAUGGGCACGUACUGGACUCGGAAACCUACGUCGGGGGGCACGUCGAAGCGCUCGAGUCUGGUGUCUUCCGGGCGGACAUAAGCACGCGCUUUCGGCUCGAUCAGGAGAUGAUUCGCCAACUGCAGCAGAACAUCGAUAAGGUAUUGGAACACGCAAUCGUCACCGAGGAGGGCGUUCCGAUGGCCGAUGUAAUCAAUUUCCAGGAGGUGAAGGAUGAAAUCCAAUCGGCGCUGCAGCAACUGCACGAUAUUCCGACACGCUUGGAGCAGCCCGUCAUCUACCAUCUGGACGUGGGAGCCAUGUACCCGAAUAUCAUCCUCACGAACCGGCUGCAACCGUCGUCGAUGGUGAGCGAUGUAGAUUGUGCCGCGUGUGAAUACAACCGACCGGAGGCACGCUGCAAACGCAACAUGGAGUGGCUAUGGCGAGGAGAGAUGUUGCCCGCGAGUCGCAACGAGUUUCAGCGCAUCCAGCAGCAGCUCGAGACGGAGAAGUUUCCUCCCCUGUUCCCGGGCGGAGCGCAGCGCGCCUUCCACGAGCUGUCGCGCGAAGAUCAAGCCGCAUACGAGAAGAAGCGGCUUGCCGACUACUGCCGCAAGGCGUACAAGAAGACCAAGGUGACCCGACUGGAGACGCGCACGUCCACCAUCUGCCAGCGGGAGAACAGUUUCUACGUCGAUACGGUACGAGCGUUUCGCGAUCGACGCUACGAGUACAAGGGAAUGACGAAGGUGGCCAAAGCGGCCGUUACAGCCGCGGUCAAGAGUGGCGAUGCGGGUGAAAUUAAGGCGGCCAAGGGCCGGGAGGUGCUGUACGACUCGCUGCAGCUGGCCCACAAGUGUAUCCUGAACUCGUUCUACGGAUACGUCAUGCGCAAAGGUGCCCGCUGGCAUAGCAUGCCAAUGGCCGGAAUCGUCUGCCUGACCGGAUCGAACAUCAUUACGAAGGCACGCGAAAUCAUCGAGCGUGUUGGACGUCCGCUCGAGCUGGACACCGAUGGGAUUUGGUGCAUCCUGCCGGCGUCGUUCCCGCAGGAGUUCACUAUCCGAACGCGGCACGCCAAGAAACAGACGAUCAACGUGUCGUACCCGAACGCGGUGCUCAAUACGAUGGUGAAAGAUCACUUCACCAACGAUCAGUAUCAUGAGCUCGAGAGAGAGGCCACCGGAACGGAGGCACAGUACUCGAUUCGCAAGGAAAACUCCAUCUUUUUCGAGGUGGACGGCCCGUACCUAGCGAUGGUUCUGCCGGCGGCGAAAGAGGAAGGUAAACGGUUGAAGAAACGUUAUGCCGUGUUCAACUUUGACGGAUCACUCGCCGAGUUGAAGGGAUUCGAAGUGAAACGCCGCGGUGAGCUGCAGCUGAUCAAAAUUUUCCAAUCGUCCGUGUUCGAAGCGUUCCUGCAGGGUUCGACGCUCGAGCAGUGCUACGCGGCCGUGGCCAAGAUUGCCGACUACUGGCUCGACGUGCUGUACAGCAAGGGUCACAACAUGCCCGACAGUGAGCUGUUCGAGCUGAUCUCCGAGAAUCGCUCGAUGUCGCGGAAACUGGAAGAGUACGGACAGCAAAAGUCCACCUCCAUCUCGACCGCGAAACGGUUGGCCGAGUUUCUCGGUGACCAGAUGGUGAAGGAUGCUGGGCUAGCGUGUAAAUUUGUGAUUUCGCGUAAACCCGAGGGUGCCCCCGUCACCGAGCGAGCCAUUCCACUAGCCAUCUUCCAGUCGGAACCAAGCGUUCGGCGGCACUAUUUGCGCCGCUGGCUUAAGGACAGCUCGAUGGGCGACGCGGACAUUCGCGAGGUGCUCGAUUGGGGGUACUAUAUCGAGCGGCUGGGUGGUACGAUCCAAAAGAUCAUCACCAUUCCGGCGGCCCUGCAAGGUCUUAAUAAUCCGGUGCCACGCGUCCAGCAUCCGGAUUGGCUGCAUCGAAAGAUGCUCGAAAAGAACGAUACACUCAAGCAGCGACGUAUCAACGAGAUGUUCACGUUGAGAGUAGAGAAACCUUGCGACUCAGCCCCACUGACCGAUGUGGAGGACUUGGUACAGAAACAAUCGUCCGGAAACGGCCAAACCCCGUCGGUUUCGAACAAACGUCAGCGGGAACGUUCGGUCGAGCAGCCAGCCGAAUCGGAACCAAAGAGUUGGCGCGAAGCACUAGGCGAUCCUCCGUCGCCUGGCAACACCAGUGAGCAGCUGAUCGAGUGGAUACGGUUUCACAAGCGCAAAUGGCGCUGGCAGUUGGACCGACGGAAUCGACUCUAUCGCAGCGACCGUAACAAGCGCAUGCGAACGGACCAACCGUCCGAUGCGUUAGCUUCCACUUCUGCGCGUGCGACCACGCUCGGUGGCUUCUUGCGCAAAACGCAACAAUCGCUGAUCGAGCAAACUUGGCAGAUCUUGCAGGUACUCCCCGUGGACGAUCUGGGCCACUUUAUCGUGUGGGCCGUGGUCGGUGAGGAGCUGCACAAAGUUCGGCUUACGGUGCCGCGCAUUUUCUACGUAAACCAACGGACGCCUGCCCCACCGGAAGCGGGCGCCGAAGGAGAGAAAUCGAUGUGGAAAAAGGUACACCGUGUACUGCCCCGUGCUCGGCCGGUUUACCACCUUUACCAGUACGUCGUGCCGGAGCAGGUGUUCCGCGACAAUCGCCUGGGACUGCUGGCCGAUUUGGCAACGCCCGAUAUCGAGGGUAUCUACGAAACGCAGAUGACGCUGGAAUUCCGUGCACUGGCCGAGCUCGGGUGCCUCUGUGGAGUGCAGCGCUCGGAGGCACGAAAACUGGCCACACUCGCUACGAAAGAUCUUGAUUCGUUCACCAUCCAGCAGCUCGAGAUACGGACGCUUUCCAACAUGAGCACCUAUCUGAAGGGAUCGAUAAGUGGUUCCGGUUCGAGCUUGAGCCUGCGCAAGAUCUUCCUCUACCAGCACGUGUCCCCGACGGGCAAGCGGGAAAUGUGGGGACUUUUUUCACCGGGCAACCGCAAAGCUCUCGUGAUUGUGCUGGACACCGUGCGCACGAACCAGCUGCCGACGGUGAAGAAUCUGUACGCCUCCGAACGGAUCGCCCUUCUGACGGGAGGCACCAGCGAGGAUACGCUUCCGCCCGUGGACAUGACCUUCGAGGUGUUUAUGGAGGUCGACGCAAAGCAAGUUUAUCAGCGCAUCACGCGUGCGCUGGUUGCGUAUCGGGACGAAAAACGGGGACCAACGAUACUGUGCCUGCAGACGGCACUCGGACUGCAAAAGCUGAACCAAUGGCUGCCGGUGUGUCUCGAGUUCCCCGAAGUGCCCAUACACAUUGCCGAUGAUGCGGCCCUGCUUUCCGGGCUCGAUUGGCAGCGACACGGAGCCCGGUCGAUGAUACGCCACUUUCUGAACCUCAAUCGCGUGCUCGAGAUGAUGCUGGACCAGUGUCGCUACUUCCAACUGCCACUCGGUAACAUGCCACCGGACACGGUCCUGUUCGGUGCGGAUCUGUUCUACGCGCGGUUGCUCUUCCGGCACAACUUUGUGCUCUGGUGUUCGUCGGGUCCCCGGCCCGACCUUGGAGGACGGGAAGCGGACGACGGCCGCCUGCUGGCCGAGUUUGAGGACAGCAUUUCGAUCGUACAGAAUCGGCCCGGUCUCUAUCGCACGGUUUGCGUCGAGCUGACGGUGGAAAGUUUGGCCGUUUCGGCAUUGCUGCAAGCGGCCAAAGUGCAAGAACUGGAGGGCACGUCUUCCGCGAUUACAUUCGACACGGUGCCACAAGCGUCCCUGGAGGAGUUGAUCUCCACCAACGGGGCACCGUCGCUUUCGAACUACGACGAAACGGCUCUCUGCGGCCAAGCCUUUCGCGUAAUGCGGCUACUGGUGAACGCGUGGCUACGCGAGGUGUCCAUCAAUCAUAACGUGUUUGCCGACUUUCAAAUCAUCCACUUCUACCGCUGGGUACGAUCGAGCCGUGCCCUUCUGUACGAUCCGGCACUGCGCCGCGCCCUCAACACGCUGAUGCGUAAGAUGUUCCUGCAGAUCGUGGCCGAAUUCCGGCGCAUGAAAGCGGACAUCAUCUACGCCGACUUCAAUCGCAUCGUUAUCGACACCGGCAAACGGACCGCGGCCGACGCGAUCGGUUACACCGAUUAUGUGGUGCAGAACAUUCGUCACCGUGAACUGUUCCACAGCGUGUCGCUUUCCUUCCAGCAGGCCUGGGAGUUUCUGUUGUGGAUCGACCCCACCAAUUACGGCGGAGUGCGAGGCAAUUUGCCGAAGGACGCGACGGAGCUGUCGGAGCAGCAGAGCGAAGAGGAAGAGGAACUGGCGCUCGAGAUGAACUGGAGCCUUUCGGAGCAACUGACCGAGGAGCGAAAGUGCCGCGAGAAUUUCGAAAACUUUAUCGUAGCCUUCAUGCAAGCCAUCGCCGAAGGUGUGACCCCCGCUGGCGCUCUCAAGAAGUUGGCGUGCAUGGCGUACGGAAUGGUACAGAAAAUGCACAACGGAUAUGCCCGCGGAGCCGAUGGGCCGGCGCUUGAGUUUGUGAAAGCAGUCACCCGUGCCCUGCACGUCACCAAGGACACCGAGGAAGAGCUGACGGCGAUGCGGCGCAACAUGCUGCUCCUGAUAGGGGUCGGUGAGUUUAGUGACAAAGCGCACUGGAAGGAGGCGGUCAAAUCGUACGUCCUGCCGGAGGUCAUCUGCCAGGCGUGCAACCACUGUCGCGAUCUGGACCUGUGCAAGGACAGCCACCGGGCGCUGAAGGACGGUCAGCAACCGGUGUGGCUCUGCGCGCAGUGUAACGUCGAUUACGAUAAUGUGGAGAUCGAAAUGCGGCUGCUGGAUGUGGUCCAGCGCAAGCUAAUGUCCUACACGUUGCAGGACCUGCGCUGUACCAAGUGCAAACAAAUUAAGCGCGAAAAUUUGGCCACACACUGUCCCUGCACCGGGGCCUUCGAGAACCUCAUCUCGGCCGCUGAACUGCGCCGUUUGUUGCAGACAUUUCAUACGCUUGCCCAAAACUACCGGAUGCCGGUGCUGGAGGAAACUGUGCAACAUGCACUGCAAAGUGAGAGCUGCUAACAAGCCACAGGGACCCCGCAAUCGAACCGGGCCCUAUUUUCUUUUCAUCUCUAAAUAAACACUAAAACAUG